AUGUCAGCGUGCAGCUCCAGACACUCAUGGAUGGUUUUAUACAUCGCUCUGCUGGUAACGCUGGUGUCCCAGAGCGAAGGAGGUUGUCAGGAUACGGGACUGUGUUGCAUUGGACAAAACCAGUCAUGUAUUACUGAAGACUGGAGGAAAGAUCACUCCUAUGGGGAAUGUUACUGCGACCAGGCAUGCAAGACGACAUCGGACUGUUGUCACGACUAUGACCUUGCCUGUCCAGCCGUAUCCUGUGUGGUGAGCGAAUGGAGCAUGUGGUCUGGCUGUCUGGAGCCGUGUAAACCCACAAUGCACACCAGGCAGAGACAGGUGAUUCAGGAAGCACAUAAUAGAGGCGAACCCUGUCCCUCUCUACAUCAGACCGCAGGCUGCGCGGAGUAUCACGACCAGCAUGGUCCCUGCCUACAAUUUCUAGUCCCAGCUCUCAUCACCACGGGUGGCUAUGGAAGUGCAAGGAAAAAGAGGGAGAUUUUGGACAACAUCACAGGUUACUGUGUGGAGUUCAAACUCACGUCCCUGACGGCGGAUUGUCAACGCAGUUUCAGUCUGCACACUCGCUGGAUGCGGUACCUGAAGGAAGGGCAUCAGGUGUGUGUGGAGUGCCAGCCACCAGCACUGGCCCAGGGCCAACGCUACUGCUCCGGGGAUGGAGAGAACAUGGGACAGGAUAGGAGCAUGUCUCUGCAGUGGCAGGCCGUGGGGAAUUCUCGGUGCAGAGGGUUGUGGAGACGGGUCCGUCGACGAGACUCCUGUUCCUGUCCUACUGUACACAGUUUUCUCUUCAUCUAA